GCCUGCGUCCGCGGGGAUGCGCCGCGCGUCAGGGCGAGCGGAGGAGAAACACACGCGCGCGCGCGCGCGCACACGGACAAGCGAGCAGCAGAGGGUGAGGUCUGCACGGCUCAGUCUGCGAAGACAGAUGGAAAAUAAGCACAGCGAGGCUUUUUCUGUCAUGAAGUGAGGAGCCCUGCAGUCGGAGGCGCGCGUCCGUCGCUGUCGUUGCUGUUUCGGUCAAAGACACAUCGGUCGGAUCCGGCGCAAUGAAGAGCCGCCGCUGACGGACGUUGUCGAGCUGCGCUGAUAACAACAGGUCGGACGCACCACACCCAGUUCACCUGCAGGGCCUCAGCACAGAGCAAAGCGCUGGAGCCCCGACGCUCAAGCAUGGACGUGCCCAGGAUGGCCGAGGGCCUGUUCAGCAGCACGCUGUCGUCGGGCGGCGGCCACCACGUGCCGUCCUACCUGACGCUGGAGCAGAAGGCCGCCUUCGUCUUCGUGCUGCUGCUCUUCAUCUUCCUGGCGCUGCUCAUCGUGCGGUGCUUCCGCAUCCUGCUGGACCCGUACCGCAGCAUGCCCUCCUCCAACUGGACAGACCACACCGAGAAGGACACCUUCGACUACCGCAUCGUCUGAGCGGAGGUCGGGUUCUUGAAAAGCACUUUGGCCCAAAACCCCAUGAGUGACGCAGCGACGCAGCGGCUCUCGGAUCUGACUGAAAUUAGAGAAACCCAGAAUUCAGCACCUCCCUGCCAGAAACAGCCACAACCAUCAGACGACGAGCAGACGACGAGCAGACGCCUCCAUGAGCCGGAGCGCGAGCUGGAGCGAUGCUCCGGAGCCGGCUGCACCCCCCUCACCCCCACACCCCCACCCCCCCUCACCCCCAUCCCCCCAUCGGCUCUCGUGGACUACCUCAUUUCUCCUCCAUCUCAUGUGCGGACGUAUUUUCUCACACAGGGUCAAACAUCUUUGGAGCCAGUUGGAUAAAAACAGUGUUUACAUCCCAUGUUUACCUCCAUAGGUUUUUAUUGAUAACGUAGACAAUCAGUGUUUCUAGUAGUGAAAGUGACAAACUGUGGAUUUCAUUUGUCAGCAUCUUUUGUCCUGAUCCGUGGACAGAGAGUAAAAUGAUUCAGGUGAGGAGGAAAGUGAUGCCUUACUGCACGUCCUGGAGAGAAGCUCUGCUUCAGUCAUACGAAGGAUCCCUUUAAUAUUUCAGAUGAGGCAGAUCCACUCCUGCGGUUGGUAAAUGUUACUGUUGUGUGUGUGUGUGGUGAAAAAUACCGGCGCCGUCGGCGUCCACGUUUUUAGAUGUCAGCGACCAAAAGAGGUGUUGAAGAAAAACAGGUUUACUGUGCUGUACCGUGUGCCUACCUGAAAAAAGAGAAACUCCCGCCAUGUUUGUGUGUCAGUGUCCCUCGUGUGCGGCGCUCAUCCCAGCGAACAGCAUUUCACUGCCUGCGGUGGUGCACUGGCAGUUGGUGCGCCGCGUCUGCAGCGCGUUGCUCCAGACGAUGCAUCUUCACGUCCAGCCCUUUACAGACUGAUGUUGUGGCUCAACCUUCUCAACUGUCGCCUUAUAGUGUAGAGUGUUUACAGCGCAGCCGGCCGCGCAGACGCCGGGACCUGGCGCGUCUUCAGCGCAGACGCCGGCGCAGACGCCGGCACAGACGCCGGAACCGUCUUCAGCGCAGCCGGUCGCGCAGACGCGGGGACCUGGCGCGUCUUCAGCGCAGCCAAUGGUGCAGACGCUGGCGCAGACGCUGGCGCAGACGCUGGCGCAGACGCCGGGACCGUCUUUAGCGCAGCCGGCCGCGCAGCCGGCCGCGCAGACGCCCGGUCUGCCGGGCAGACGCUGGCGCUGAAGACACCGAGACCGUCUUCAGCGCAGAUCCGGCGCAGGCGUCUGCGCUCCAUGGGACAGCGGCCCCUGGCGCCGCUCCCGCCGGGCCGGGCCGGGCCGGGACGUGGACCCGACCCCUCCGUGAUAGCGUGACGUUGUUGUGAUCUGAUGUGGCCUUUUCCUACCUAUGGCACCUGUUGGUGAUGUGUUUUGCGUUCUGCAUGCGUGUCCUCUCGUGCAUGUUCACCGGUAACGUGUCGUGGCCGUGGGUCGGCUGCUCCAGCAGCUCUGUAUUGUCUGUGGAGACUUCCUGUUUUCAGCUCUUUCUUUUUUGUAAUAAAAGUGAUCACAGUG